UUUUAAAUUCAUACGGUAUAACUUUAUUCCAUAGAGUGUGAGUGAGUGUAUAUACAUGCACACAAAACAUACUCCAAAAUAUGAAAUCAAAAAUGUCCACGCAAAUAUUAAGUCGUGUUUGGCUAUGCGUGUACGCAGUUUGAUCAUACGGAGUCCAUAGAUACGUGCAGAGUACACAUCUACACUUCUAGUGAUUUCCGCCCACCGCCAUUGCCACGUCACCACCCCGACCCUUACCUUAUAUAAACGUGAUUCGAUUCCCCCCCAAACUCAAACUUCACACGCACGCUCAUCACAUCGCACCACAAAUUCACUUUUCUACUUUCACUGUUUCAAAUUCCACCAUGUCUCUCGAAGCUCUCAAUCCCGCCGCGCCGCCCCACCGCCGCUUCGACGAUUACGGCUGUAGGCGAGCCAAGCGCUCUAAGCGCGUCUCAGAUGACGAGUACUUGGCCGGCUGUCUCGUUGCGCUACGAAGCGGCGGCGAACCCUCUUCCUCCAAAUCCUCUCCUUCGUCGACGGAUCGGAUUUACAAGUGUAGCGUGUGCGGCAAGGGCUUCCAGUCGCACCAAGCUCUCGGCGGCCACAAAGCCAGCCACCGCAGCAAGCCACCGACAGUCGCAGUCGCCGCGGAGGAGGAGAGGAAGCCGUCGUCGAAUUCGACAUCCACCGCCACGACCGACGCCUCAAAUGAUCAGCCGGCUCCUGGUCCCCACAGGCUUCACGAAUGCUCCACCUGCGGCAGGAGCUUUCCCAGCGGCCAAGCAUUGGGCGGCCACAUGCGGAAGCACUACGGCGGCGUCAUCGGCGGUUCUAAAAGUGCCGUGAAUUCUUCUGACGGUGGCAACGGUGACGGAUUCAGUGUUGUCACGUCCUUCUCCGGCAGUGGCGCUGUCAGCUGCUCCUACGGUGACGGCGACGGCGAUGACGUCACUGCGGUUCCGCGCAAUUUGGACUUGAAUUUGCCAUCCCAAGAAGAACUUGAUUUAGCGCUCAAGUUGUAGAGUUUCCUUUUUUAUUUUCCCCUUUUCCCCCCUUUUUUUUGUGAGGAAAUGGUUGGGAAUUUUAGGCUCUUCACAAUUUUAGUCACUUUUCAGCAGUAUGGAGAUUCACAUUUUCUUGAUAAGUAAAUAUUUCCAUGUUCAUGUUUUAUUUUCUAGAUUCUGUUGCUUUUUUUCACUAUGUACCUAUUAGAAAAUUGCUCCUA